CUGCGUGGAAGAAGAGGGCGGGGACCGGCGCGGGGAGGAGAGCGGAGGAGGAGAAGGGGGCAUGACUCGUGCAACUUGCGGCGGGCAUCUGCCGAGCCUCUGAGCCGGCGGCGGCCCGGGGCCGGGACUGCUGCUCCGCCGAUCCCACCCAGCCCACCCCGCCCCGGCCGACGGCUGCGGCUGACCUGGAUCCUCGGAGCACCCGGCGGCCGGCAGUGAUCUGCCUUCGUCUUCCGGGCGGCUUUCUGGAGCGCGAGGAGCGCUCUCCUCGCGGCCCCUCUCGCCGGACCCCCGGCCCCCGAUGGCCCGGAUGGGGCUUGCGAGCGCCGCUGGACGCUGGUGGGGACUCGCUCUUGGCUUGACGGCAUUCUUCCUCCCAGGCACCCACACCCAGGUGGUUCAGGUGAACGACUCCAUGUAUGGCUUCAUCGGCGCAGACGUGGUGCUACACUGUAACUUCGCCAACCCCCUGCCCGGCGUGAAGAUCACCCAGGUCACGUGGCAGAAGGCCACCAAUGGCUCCAAGCAGAACGUGGCCAUCUAUAACCCAGCCAUGGGCGUCUCGGUGCUGAAUCCCUACCGCGAGCGCGUGGAGUUCCUGCGGCCCUCCUUCACCGACGGCACCAUCCGCCUCUCCCGCCUGGAGCUGGAGGACGAGGGGGUCUACAUCUGCGAGUUCGCCACCUUCCCCGCCGGCAACCGCGAGAGUCAGCUUAAUCUCACUGUGAUGGCCAAGCCCACCAACUGGAUAGAGGGCACCCAAGCAGUGCUUCGAGCCAAGAAGGGGCAAGAUGACAAGGUCCUGGUGGCCACCUGCACAUCAGCCAAUGGGAAGCCUCCCAGCGUGGUAUCCUGGGAAACACGGCUGAAGGGCGAGGCAGAGUACCAGGAGAUCCGGAACCCCAAUGGCACGGUGACGGUCAUCAGCCGCUACCGCCUGGUCCCCAGCCGGGAAGCCCAUCAGCAGUCCCUGGCCUGCAUCGUCAACUACCACAUGGACCGCUUUCGGGAAAGCCUCACCCUCAACGUGCAGUAUGAGCCCGAAGUGACCAUCGAGGGGUUUGAUGGGAAUUGGUACCUGCAGCGGACGGAUGUGAAGCUCACCUGCAAAGUUGAUGCUAACCCGCCAGCCACCGAGUACCACUGGACCACACUGAAUGGCUCUCUCCCCAAGGGCGUGGAGGCCCAGAACAGAACCCUCUUCUUCAGAGGACCUAUCAACUAUAGCCUGGCAGGGACCUAUGUCUGUGAGGCCACCAACCCCAUCGGCACCCGCUCAGGCCAGGUGGAGGUCAACAUCACAGAAUUCCCCUACACCCCGUCUCCUCCCCAACAUGGGCAGCGCGCUGGGCAGGUGCCCACCGCCAUCAUUGGGGGCGUGGCGGGCAGCGUCCUGCUGGUGCUCAUCGUGGUCGGCGGGAUCGUGAUCGCGCUGCGCCGGCGCCGGCACACCUUCAAGGGCGACUACAGCACCAAGAAGCACGUCUACGGCAACGGCUACAGCAAGGCGGGCAUCCCCCAGCACCACCCGCCCAUGGCCCAGAACCUGCAGUACCCCGACGACUCAGACGACGAGAAGAAGGCCGGCCCCCUGGGCGGGAGCAGCUACGAAGAGGAAGAGGAGGAGGAGGGCGGGGGCGGGGGCGAGCGCAAGGUGGGCGGCCCCCACCCCAAGUACGAUGAGGACGCCAAGCGACCCUACUUCACAGUGGAUGAGGCGGAAGCCCGUCAGGACGGCUAUGGGGACCGGACUCUGGGCUACCAGUACGACCCCGAACAGCUGGACUUGGCUGAGAACAUGGUUUCUCAGAACGACGGGUCUUUCAUUUCCAAGAAGGAGUGGUAUGUGUAGCCCCAUCGCCAGAGCCUCUGUCUGCAGCCCCUCCCAGUCCCCACCCGCACGCCCCCUGCCCACCCCCCACUCCUCCAGGAGCUGAACAGAGACUCACCCAGCUGCCCAAAGCCAGCCCCCACCUCCGGGGAGCCGGGGAGCCCAGGGCAGACCCACCUGGCUUUGUUUUUAUUUCCCCUCUCCCAGCCCUCUCCCCCGGUGUUGUGUUCAACUGUGGCUUUGGUGUUGCUGUACCUUCCCCUCCCUGACCCCCACCGACCUGCCCUCGUUGGGGGAGCCCUGCUCUCGUCUUGUGUACCUGGGCACCCCUCCAGGGUCUGGGGAGCCAGCCCAACCCCCAACACUGGAAUUUGUUUGUGUUCCCUCCAUUGGGGGUAGAGGGCUGAAGGGGCUCCAAGGAGGAAAGCCCCCCCCCACCCCCAGAAGCUGCUCCUCUUUUCCCAAGGAGAGGGACCCAGACACCUACCAUGCGCUGAUGCAGCUGGGGAGUUUGGACCCGGGUCUGACAGCACAGCCAUGGCACCCGGGAGGCAGAGGGUGGGGUGUGGCUUCUCCAAAGCACCCAGGGUUGUCUUGCUCGUGAAGUGAACCAAGUUGAGGUCCACCCCUGGGGCCCUGGCCAGUGUAUUUUCCUGGUCAGGUUGGUUUUACAUUUUUUUUCCUCAUUGGCCUUUAGAGAGCUAAGUUGGCCCAGCUCUGGGGUGUCCCUCCUCUUUACCUAGUCUGCUUCCCACCUAGCAGGGCUCCAGGUGGACUCUGGCCCACACUUGCCAUACACCUCUGCAACACAUAUGCACACACACAUGCUCAUACUACCCGUGUCUACCCCGCGCUCCCCCUGGGGUCACAUGCCUUACUCAGGCUGGUCACUGCCCCUCCGCUCCACCUGUCCCCCCUUCCCAGCUGAGGAUGGGGGCAGCCUUCAGAAGCUUCCAGGGACAGCGGAGACUAGGCCUCCCUGGUGCCUCCUCCCUAGGAUCUCAGGCUGACCCUAAACUGCUUCUUACAGCAUGGAAGUUUCUCAAGUUUCUCCCUUAUCUAUCAAGUGCUAGUAACUCUUGAUUCUGAGAGGGAGUCAGGGCCAGGACCCCAGAGGGGAAUCCCGCAGGGGUUAGAGGUGAAGAAGGGUCAGUGGAGAAGGAGUCUAAAUGUAGAAGCUCAGCAAACACGGUCUGAUCAACUUGGGAGAGUUCAGGUAGCGCCUCACUCACCAAGACCAGUGUCAGUGUUACGCGCCUUUCAGGAAGUGCAAGGGGAUGGAGUGGGGUGGCCAGGGGCCCCAGAGUCAAGCUCCUGCUCACCCACCCUCCACUCCUCGCUCAGUGCUCCUAGCCUCCACUCUGGACAAGGAGGACCUUGGAGAAGCUGUAAAUUUCCUCCCUGAGUGGGCUCUGGGCUCCUGUCAGCCACCCAAGACUCAGUCUUCCCAUCUGUACAAUGGAGGAAGGCCUCCCAGCCUCUCUCACUUCCCCCAGCUCAAAGUGCCUCAGAUCCUCCAUCUGCCCACCCUAGCCCCACCGGCACUCUAGAUGGGAAGCGCCUGGGAUGGGAGAGGCAGAGCGGUUCAUGCCCACCCAAAAGGAUUGCCAUGAACUCAGCCCAGGGUGUCAGGGGCUUUGUGGGAUGGCAAAUGGUGGUGGGGAGGGAGGCAGACCACUCUGUGCCCCACGGGCACUGACCUACCCUGCCAUAGGCUUCCCAAGGGAGUCCCUGGCCUGUCAGCCCUGUCCCCCUACCUGGUGCUGCUAUUGAUCCCCCCAGCCAGCUCCAUCUCUCCUGGGCCCACCCUGGCCUGGACCCUGCUGCCCUAGCCCCAGCCCGGGCCACCCAGUAGCCACGUAGCAGAAGUCUGAAGCCAUGCCAGCCCUGGGGAGGCUCUCUCCUCUUAGCUUUGGGGGUACUGGAUGAGGUGGAGAUGGAGGAGAAAAUUCUGGGGUCUUUCUAGCCACAGGGCAGAAGAGGAAGGAGAAGCUGGGCUGCUUCUCCCAACAGUAUUAGUGCCCCCAGGGUAGAGGACCUAUUCAUGCUACUUCACUGCCCCACCCACCUCAUGCCCCUCUGACCCCUCUGCUUGAUUCCUUGGCCCCCAGGCAGGAGGAAAUCCCAGGGACCUGCCUGACAGAGGCAUUCUCUGUACCCUUGAAGUGAUAAGACCGGAAGAUUUUCUGCUCCUAUAUCUCCCUUAUCCUGCACUGCCAACCCUAUUCCUCAUUUAUAUGACUUUAGGAGGCCCUGGGCCCAGCCAAAGCACUGAGUCCCCCUUAAGACACCUCCACACACUUCCCCAAAGCAAAGCACAAAUUGUGGUGUCUCUGUCAUGUCAGGGGCUCUUGGCAAGGAGACUGCCCUGGAGCUGAGAGUGGGCACAAGAUAGGAGUUGCACUGGGCUUGGGGAGAUGGGGUUUUCUAUGUCCUGAGACUGUGGGGAGGUGGGCACGGCUGCUGGGCCCUCAGACACAGCCAAGCCACACAGGGGUGGUCUGGCCCAGCAGAGAUGAGGACUCUGCUUCUCCUCCAUGCCCCCAGCAUGAGCUGAGCUUCUGCCUUUGCUGGAAAUGAAAUAAACUCGGUAUGAAGAGUGCCAAGGCCUCCCCAUUAUCAGCCUGCCUCUCACUGCCCUCGUGUCCUCGCCUCCGCCAUGUCACCUGUACCCCUAUUUCCUUAAGAUUUUGAUAUUGUUCUAAUGUGUAACAGAACCAGAGUCCCCUUUUAUUAGAAGGAUCAGAACAGCAGCAGCACACAGUUGGGACAGACAGCCGCGCAAGGCCCAGCCCGGGCACAUACCUGCCCGGAGACAGUCCCAAGCACAGAAAACACACACACACACACACACUCACACACACAUGACAGGAAUGGUCUGGGCCUGCGGGAAGCCCCGAGAGAGAAACGGCGAUGUCUCUUUCUCGGCUGUGUGCCCUCUGCCAACCCCCUCCCUUCUGCCCCAGUCACUGGUGCAAUAAUACUCCUGCCCUCCUCCAAGCGGAGGGGUCGGAACUAUGUGAGGUGGAUGUGUGGGCCACUCAAGAGGGAAAAGAGGACCACUCUCGGGGGUCGGUGGGGAGUAGGGGGAGCAGAUAGAGACCUCUGAGUCCUGCACCCACCCUCCUACUGAGGAGCAGGUGGCCCCCCCCCAGGGCUCCCUGCCCACAGGGGGCCUCGCUCUGGCCACAGGUGCCCAGGAGGCAGGCCUCUGUGCUAUGGUCCAGGCAGCAAGGGCUUCUGGGGCCUGUGGCCACAGCCAUCACCCAAUUAUAAGGCCAGAGGAGCCAACCCCCACUGGUGCUGCUGCUCUUCCGACUCCAGCUCUGACGAAUGGGAUCCUUGGCCGGUAAAACAUGGUUUUCCUUUUUUUGUAUCAAUGGAAACAAAAUCCAGGAGAAGCUGCCACCCCUCGCCUCUGAGUGUGAUACACGAUCUUUGCUUCAGUUUUUUCGUCACCCUUUUGUCUUUGGUCCUGGGGACGUCCCAGCAGAUUCUCCUGGUUCUGACUCUGGGGGUGUUUGCAUCACCCCCUUUUACUUGUAUAAAAAAAAAUGAUGGGUUGAAAAAUGUACUGAGGAAAAAAAAUGUACUUUUUUAUAAAUAA